ACCCUCUCUUCCUCUUCCUGUCCUCCUCUUCCUCAUCCCUGUGUCGGUGUUGUAGAUGUAUCCUGGUGUGGACAGUGAGAUUUCUGUUCCUCUGAGGCUCAUUGAGGGCGUUGAGAGCAGAGACAUGUUCCAGCUACACAUCAUCUGCAAAGACUCUAAAGUAGUGAGGUGUCAUUUCUCGACGUUCAAGCAGUGUGAGGAGUGGCUGAAGCGCCUGAACCGAGCGAUCACACACCCGGCCCGUCUGGAGGAGCUGUUCGCGCUGGCCUAUCACGCCUGGUGUUUAGGAGGAAACACUGAUGAUGAAGACCAGCACGUGCACCUGUGCAGACCAGGUGAUCAUGUGCGGCACAGGCUGGAGGUGGAGGUGAAGCGGAUGGGCUUCGACAUGCAGAACGCCUGGAGAGUGUCUGACAUCAACAGCAACUACAAGUUGUGUUCGAGUUACCCUCAGAAGCUGCUGGUGCCCGUCUGGAUCACAGAUAAAGAGCUGGAGAGCGUGGGCUCCUUCAGGUCCUGGAAGAGGAUUCCUGUGGUGGUGUACAGGCACCAGCGUAACGGGGCGGUCAUCGCUCGCUGCAGUCAGCCGGAGAUCAGCUGGUGGGGUUGGAGGAACACCGAGGACGAGUAUCUGGUGACGUCGAUAGCGAAGGCCUGUCAGCUGGACGCCGGGCCACAGGUCUGCAGGACCAGAGGAGACGGACCCGACUCGUGCGACAGUGACUUCGACUCGUCUCUGGCGGGAUGUCCCGUUCCUGACGCCAGCGCCGCGGCCCAGAAGUUGCUGAUUCUCGAUGCCCGUUCAUACACCGCCGCCGUGGCGAACCGUGCCAAAGGAGGAGGCUGCGAGUGUGAAGAGUACUAUCCCAACUGUGAGGUGAUGUUUAUGGGCAUGGCCAACAUCCACUCCAUCAGAAACAGCUUUCAGUCGCUGCGAGCGGUUUGCAGUCAGAUCCCAGAUCCCGGCAACUGGCUCUCGGCUCUGGAAAGCACCCGUUGGCUCCAGCAUCUGUCCGUCAUGCUGAAAGCUGCUACGCUGGUGUGCUCUGCGGUGGAGCGCGAGGGACGUCCGGUGCUCGUCCACUGUUCAGACGGAUGGGAUCGCACCCCGCAGAUCGUGGCCCUCGCAAAGAUCCUUCUGGAUCCCUUCUACAGAACCAUAGAGGGUUUCCAGGUGCUGGUAGAGACCGAGUGGUUGGAUUACGGGCACAAGUUCGCGGACCGCUGUGGCCAUCAGGAGAACAGUGAUGACGUGAGUGAGCAGUGUCCGGUGUUCCUGCAGUGGCUGGACUGUGUUCAUCAGCUCCUGAAGCAGUUCCCCUGCCUGUUCGAGUUCAACGAGGCCUUUCUGGUGAAGCUGGUUCAGCACACGUACUCCUGUCUGUACGGCACCUUCCUGUGCAAUAACGCAAAAGAGCGAGAGGCUCGUAACGUCUAUAAGCGCACAUGCUCCGUCUGGUCUCUCCUUCGCACCGGAAACAAGAACUUCCAGAACUUCCUCUACAUCCCCUGCCAUGAUAUGGUUUUGCAGCCCGUAUGUCACACGCGAGCUCUUCAGUUGUGGACGGCUGUUUAUCUGCCCACAUCAUCACCGUGCACCGCGGCUGAAGACGCCAUGGAGAUCUACCUGAGCCCUUCGGCACAAGGAGAGGAGUUCACCUCGCGCUCGCUCGACAGGCUCCCCAAAACACGGUCGAUGGACAACUUGGUGUCUGCUUGUGAGAACGGCGUUACGCUCACUCGCACCUCAAGUGACCCUAACCUGAACAAACACUGCCAGGAGGGACGGCCAGCGCUGGAGUCCAAUCAGCCGUUGGCGAUCCAGGACACGUCGAUCACUGGAUUGGUCAGCGAUGAGCAGGAGUUGGAGACGUGUGAGGAAUUAGGUUCUUCGAUAUCUUGUGAGCAACAUGAGGAUGAUGUAAGGGUGGAGCCUUGUUUGACAACCCAGCCACUGCCGUCUUUGCCCCACCCCUUAGCAUUAGAUCAGGCCCCGCCUCUUCCAGUUUUAAAUCAAGCCCCUCCUCCAAUCCCAAUCAGUCCCCUCCCACCUCUACCGCAGGAAGAGGAAGUCAGGACUGCAGAAAUCACUUCCACAACCUCAAAUUCACCUUCUCUUUGUAAUGGCUUUGCACACGUAGAAAACACUAGCAGCUCUUUGGACUCCGAGCUCGAACGCUUUUCUCCAAUGGAGGCAUCCGUGGAGACGCUAACGGAGCAAAGCCCCAUCGCUCCAGCUAGGAUUGAAUCGCACAUCCCUGUUGAAGCUAAAAAGACUGAGGCGUUAAGAAAUGGAGAACUUGUUUCUGUGAGAGAACGGCCACCCCCCGCCGACUACGCCAAAGCAGCACGGCGUCUUAUUUCCCAAAGCCAGUUAACUGAUCUUUCCCUACUUGGAUCCCAAUGGGACAGCGUCCAGGGUCUUGUCCAGUCGGCCUGCGGUGACGCCAUUCAACACGGGAGCUAUCAUGGCCGUCGAUUGGCAAACAAGCUUCUUCGCGCCCAAGGUGGAAGUGCAAACGGUGGGCCGUGUUGUCGUCGUGACCCUUUGCGCACUCCUGGAAGUCCAAUCCAGUCGGGUUGGUUUUCCGCCGUGAAGAACUCGAGCUACGCUGCACUAUGUUCCUCAGCCGCCUCUUCGUUAGCAAUGGGACCGUCCUUCCGGCAGCUUCUACCCUCCCAUUCUUCACCCUCCUCAGGCGGAUCUCUGGCUCCAUCUCAGACGCCCGCGUACCUGGACGAUGACGGUUUGCCGGUGGCGGUGGACGCGGUGCAGCAGCGGCUGCGACAGAUCGAAUCCAAUUACAAACAGGAGGUGGAGGUGUUGAGGCGGCAGGUUCGACAGCUCCAGCUCAAACUAGAGAGCAAACAGUUCUGCACGCCGCCCUCCGAACCAGACGUCGACUAUGAGGAUGAUAUCACGUGCCUGCGGGAGUCAGACGGCAGUGAUGAGGAAGACUCUCUGUCCAAUCACAGCGAGGAUCGCUUCAGUGAGGGCAGCUGGGACCGCGUCGAGAGGAAGGACACCGAGGUCACCAGAUGGGUCCCGGAUCACAUGGCUUCUCACUGUUUCAACUGCGACUGCGAGUUCUGGGUGGUCAAGCGUCGGCAUCACUGCAGGAACUGUGGUAACGUGUUUUGUAAAGACUGCUGUCACCUGAAGCUGCCCAUCCCAGACCAGCAGCUUUACGACCCGGUUCUGGUGUGCAACACCUGCUACGACCUCCUGCUGGAGUCCCGUACGCGAGAACUACGCUCACAACAGCUCAAGAAACCCAUUGCCACUGCGUCCAGCUGAGACGGCCAAUCACAGCUCGCGUGUGCAAACAGACGCCCGGCAUUUAGAGGAAGAGCUGCUGUCUGCCUCCUCCCCCCCAAACGCAAGAGGAGGGCGAUUUGAGUCCAGAUCAGCUGAGACUGAUCGACUUGAGGAAGAGGAUGGAUGAAGUCCUAAAAAAACGAGCGCGGUUUGUGACGGAGGGGCGUUUUGAAAGUGAACUGAUUGAAAGCUUCUCUGGUUGAGGACAUAAACCAAACCCAUCUGGGUUCAGAUGCACAGAGAGGCGAUUCUUCAUC